CCACAGCGCUGACAGUUCAGCCGAGCGAGGUACUAUUACACCGGCGCCAUAGCAGUAAUGAGUGGUCAGUACAGCAGCAGCUCGAGCCUUACCCAACGAGAACGUCUCUAUUUCGGUAGGUAGCACCCGUGGCCUCAUGGUAUGGCUAGUAUGCUAUGGGGGAAGCGGAAAGGAAGGCUGCAAGAGGAUGGCGAGGCCUCGAAACCCGCAGCAGUUCCCCAGAACACGUCGAAUGAACCCCCGAGAACGGAGACGGAGCUCGAAGCUAACGGCAGCCCCCUCGUGAACGUUAGCGUUGACGUUGACGGACAGACCAGACGGAAUGGCAUGUGGGGGAAGAGGCUGGGUAGCUUACUCGGGUCAAUACACGCAGACCAGGGCGGUAAGGACGGCAAGGCGAGAGAGCAUGGCGACAACGGCUCGUCGCAGCCGCGCAACGCGCACGAGCGGGGAAAGCGCGUACGAGCAGCGAAGAAAAAGACGAAGCGCGCAAACGGGCUGUUCGCGUUGCCGACGUGCAUGUGCAUGCCGGGUCCCGGGCUCAACACCACGGGAAUUACGCUCGACGACGAUGAUUGGCUGGACGACCAUGCCGAUCCGGAGAAGCGCAAGCAGCAGCAGCAGCAGCAGCAGCAGCAGCAGCAGCAGCAGCAGCAGGCGCAGAAGGGCCCCGGAAAGGGCGGCCGCUGGUUCGCAUCAGCUGUGGAGGAGGAGGAGGAAGACGACUCCGAUGGCGUUGCUCGUCUUGGUAACGCUAACGUAAACGCUGACGUGCUCGCGGUCGACCUGGGCCGCGCGCCGCCCUCGAGAUUGCCGUGGGGCGACUACGGCGACGACGUGGACCCGUCCCGCGAGUCGUCGGCGGUGCUGAGAGCGGGGGACGGCAGGGAGUCGGGGGGGCGGGACGCGCGUGACAGUAACGAGCGAACGCCCCGCACCCCCCACAGCCUGGCUCACGCGCACGUGCCCGGGUAUGGGCACGCGCAUGCGCAUGGCAGUGCGCGCACCCCCCGCUCCCGCGGCCCCACUACUCCUGGCGCAGCAACAGCGGCGGCCGAUUUCUUCCCCAGUGGCGGCAGCAGCAAGAGCAGGGAGAGCGGUCAGCAGCAGCACAAGGCGUUUGGGCUGGAUAACAGCCGGUUCCUAAGCCGCGUGAGCGACAGCACGGGUGGGGAUGCCGGCCGUGAGCCCGUCACAAACCACGCUGCCACCAUGACGCCGGGAGAUGACCGGCCUCCUGCCGAGAAUCAUGCUGCUCUGCUCAAUGGUGCAGCGCUCAAUGGGGCAGCGCACGGUGCAAUGCAUGGUCCUGGCGCUAGCAGCGGGGACGAGUGCUCCCCCACCGUCUCUGCUGCCUCCAGACUUACCGCACCCACGCCCCUGUCCCCUGUGAAGCCCCCUGGCGCCCCUUCCGCCCAGUCCCCCCGCACUGUCUCCCUCCGCUCCCCCGCACCCCUGCCUCCUUCCUCGUUUACUCUCGACCUGCCUUCAACCACUGCUCCCCUGCCUCUGGUAGCAACGACUCAAACGUACUUAUCCCCGGAUAUGGACGCUGCUCCUCACGCCACCUCCACCCUGUCAGCAGCAACCAGCCCCCCCCCUCCUCCCGCUCUUCCUCCCACGUUCCCGGUUCUAUCUCCUUCCUCCUCUCCCUUGGAUCUCCUUCUCGAGCCCCACCACCAACCGGACUCAACUUCUUGCCAGGAAGAUGCACCUGCAGCCCUGCCUACCGCUGCGGCUUUUGCCUCCCUGCAACCCGCCUAUACCUCACGCUAUGCUGCACAAUACGGCGCAGCAGGGGCAGCAGGGGCGGGCAGGGGCAGUAGGCCUAGAAAGUCUGGGUCUAGCUGUAGGGAGGUAGAGGAGAAGGGGGAAGAAGAGGGGGAGGGAGGAGGAGAGAGGAGAGGAGGAGAAGAGGAGAUGGAGGGACGUGGAGGGAAAGAGGCGACGACAGGAGCAUUUGUGCGGGAGGAGGGAAGGAGGGAGGCGGAGAGAAGAGAGGGGGAUGAGGAGGAGUUGACGAAGGAGAAUGAAGAUGGGGAGGAGAGAGGGGAGAGAAAGGAGGGGCAUAAGGAGGUGCAAGAAGAGGAGAGGGUGGAAGGAGAAGUGGCAAAUUACUCGCGGUUUUGGAAACUCGGGAGAGGCAGAGGAGGGGAUGAUGGGGACGAGGAGGAGGAGGUGGAGGAGCCACGGUGGGAGGUGCUGACAGACAUUCACUAUGAGAUGAGCGCAGAAUGGCUGAGAAGGGGGCUCGUGAGACGGGUGCUUGGGGGCAGUACUGGCGCACAGGAGAUGGAGCAGGAGGAGGAGGAGACGAAGGAGGUCGAGGAGAAGGGAAAGGAGGGCGCGGAGGGGGGGGAAGCGGAGGAGGAAGAGGAGGAGGUUGUGGUGGUGAAAGAGGUGGUGGUGGUGGAGGCCGAGGAGAAGGGAGAGGAGAGAGAGGUGGUGGUGGGGGUGUGGGACGCUGGAGGGAGGGCGGGGCAGAGGGAGCAAGUGAAAGAAGUGAAAGACAGUAGUGGGGAACAUGUGGACGGGGUGUUGCACUCCACGGGUGCAACAUCACCAUCAUCAUCAUCGUCGUCAUCUGUGUCCUCGACGGUCUCUCCAUCCUUCAACCCCUUCUUCUCUCCAUCGCCCUCUUCCUCUCCUCCCGCUGCCGCACCAACACAGCCUGCAGCAGCAGCAGCAGCAGCAGGUGCUGCCGCAGCAGCAGCACUCACAGUGUCAGCACCACCCUCGCCUCCCCCACCUGCCUCUGCGUCUCCUGCAAGCACCCCCUUCUCUCCCCUCCUCUCCCCUUUCUCUCUCUUCUUUGGCACCAGCAACACCAGAACAGAACUAGCUGAACCUCCAGCUUCUGAUGAUGCCACUGGUGCCGCUGCUGGUGCUGCUGCUACCAGCCCUAUCACCUCAAAAGAGCAUGAAGGAAACAGCAUGAGUGGAGAGGCGUGGAAAGAGGGGGUAGCACCAAUGCAAGAGGAGGAAGAGGAGGAGGAGGAGGAGGAGGAGGAGGAGGAGGAGGAGGAGGAGGAGGAGGAGGAGGAGGAGGAGGAGGAGGAGGAGGAGGAGGAGGAGGAGGAGGAGGAGGAGGAGGAGGAGGAGGAGGAGGAGGAGGAGGAGGAGGAGGAGGAGGAGGGGAGUCGGUGGUGGGAGAAGGGAAGCGGGGGGUUGUUGCGGUACCGCAGCGGGGGGAGUGAUCUGGACCCGUUUGGUUCGGGCAGAGGCUUUUUGUUGCCGUCUGAGAAGCUGGGGAGUGGUGAGGCGCACCAUCACCAUCAUCAGCACCAUCAGCAUCAUAGCACUCACAACAACCCGUCUGGGUCUGGUGAGGGCUUCUUGCUGCCGUCAGAAUCAAGGGGAUGGCUGAUAGGGGGGAGUGUGAAAGAGGGGGAGGAGGUGGAGGACAGGGGCGGCAUAGGACGUGGGGAUAGUGAUGGUGAUGGUGGGAGUGAGAGUGAGGAUGGAGGGAAGGCGGAGCGUGCAGGGACAAAAGGCAGGGCAGCAGUGAGAGAUGCAGCAGAAGCACGGGAGAGGGAAGAGGGGGGAGCGGCAGAGGGGGAAGGUCACAGAGAACGAGACGAGAGCGCAGAAGAUAACAAAGAAGCUGCGCCAGGCAAGGACGCAGCAGGAGGAAAGCUGACAGGCGGGGCAGAGACAGCAGCAGCAGCAGCAGCAGCAGCAGCUGCAGCACUACCACCGCAUGCUGAAUUCCAAUUCGGGUCUCCUGACCCAUCCAUGUCCGCACAUGCCCCGUGCACCCCGCACAUCAGAGACAAGCGCAUCUUCUCCUCCCCCUCCACCGCCUCCCCAUCCCCUCUCUCCUCUCUCACCUCCUCCUCCUCCACCCUCUCACCUCCCACCGUCUCGUCCACCUCCACCUCCUCCUCCUCCGCUUCAGCACUCCUGGCUCCCCACACCCCUCCUCUCCCCCCUCCCCCUGGCCGCGUGCUGGUUUUCUCCCCCGCCUCACCCUUGGAAGAGCAGUCAGCGGGGGAGAGGGACACUGCCGAGGGCGAGAGUGUGGGCAGCUUUCUGGGUCGACUCAAAGAGAGGGACACCGCUGGGGGAGAGAGCGGGGGCACAGCUGCAGGCGGUGGCGCGAGCACGAGAGCGCUCCAGGUGGAAAGGGGGCAGGGAGAGGGUGUGGCAGGGUUGGUGGGCGAGGGCAAGGACGGGAGAAUGAGAGAGGAAGAGGGCGGAGCAGUGGUUGGCACAGAGGAGAAGAGGGCAUGUGUGGGUCAGUUGCGAGAGGGAGAAGCGCCUGCUGAGCAUACUUUCUCUUCUGCUGGGCUGCAGAGAUGGGGGGUUGCAGGCGAGGGAACAGGAGAACAAACAGCAGAGAAGGCGCCAGACACAACACCAGCGGUGCAACUGGCGUCCACCCACGAGCCAACCUUCCCCUCGCAGCGACCAGCAUCAUCAGUGGAAAUACCCUCCUCCGCGCAGCAAGCAGCGUCAGUGGAGAUACCCUCGCCCUCGCAGCAGGCGCCGUCAGUGGAGGUGUCCCCCGUGGGGUCACAGGGAGGGCGGGUGAAGCCGUGGCAGCGCAGCCGCAGCAUAGGAGUUCGGGCCGGCAUACCCAGUCCCAGGUCUCGUGUGGCAGGGGGGGCAGGAGGGGCAGGAGGGGCAGGCGGACUGGUUAGUCCCAAGUCAGGAGGGAUAAUAAGCCCGAGAGGGGCAGGAAUGAGCAGGGGAGGGGAGGGAGUGGAGGGUAUAAGCCAAUCCGGCGCAUCCCUCUCCUCUUCCUCCUCCACUCGCUUGGCGCGCCCCCCUCUCCCGGCACCUCCUAUCGCAACUGCCUCCUUUUCCUCCUCCUCCUUCUCCUCAUCCUUCUCCUCCCUCGCCUCCACUGCUCCUCUCUCAAAGCCCCCUCUCACCGCCUCCUCAUCCUUUGGCGCGCUGCCGCUCCCCUCGCUGCACUCACAGCGUUCCCUGCCGCACCUCAAGCGCAUCACCACUGCCGCUACCGCUGCUGCUUCCCAUGCUGCCGGUUCUGCCGGUUCUUCUGCCGGCGCUGCUGGUGCUGCUGGUGCUAGUGGUAGUGGUGCUGGUGGUGCUAGUGGUGGUGGUGCUGCUGCUGUUAGUGCAUCUGGUGCAGCGGCAAGGAGUCGCAGUGCGGGCAACAGUCCAUCUGUGGCAGCAUCGUCCGGUGCUCUCAGCUUCUUCUCCUCGCCCUCCUCCACUCCUCGCUCCCUCUCGCCCAGCAGAACCGCACCCCCCGCCAACCCCCGCCGCUGGCUCAACUGCCUCAAGUCGCACCCGCUCAUUGGUCCCAAGAUCACGGCCCGUGACGAGGGCCCUCUGCAGUUCAUUCAAGACAUUCGGAUACUCGACUGCCCCAACAGCGCCAAGGGAGCGCGAGUGGAGGUUCUGUUCCGAGCCAACCCCUUCUUCGGUAACAUCCGGCUGACCAAGACGUACAUAGUGAAGGACAGGAUCCGCUACGGGGACCCUCUCUUCUCCAGCAUCCAAGGUUCCACCAUCCACUGGCUUCCUGGCAAGGACGUCACCAAGAGACCGUCCCUCCCCUCCUCUCGCUCUUUCUCUGCAUCUUCCCUUCCUCUCUCCUCCAUCCCCACCACCACUGCCACCAUUCAUGCAACCACUGCCACUGCGUCAACCUCUGCUGCCGCUACCGUCGCGGCCGCUCCUCCUGCUCCUGCUGCGGCUGCCUCUGCUGCCUCUGCGUCCGGCCCUGGUGGUUGGUUUGGCUGGUUCACACAGCCAGCAGCAGCAGCAGCAGCUACAGCUGCUCCUGCUGACGCUGCUGGGGAGAGGAGUGGCGUAAGUGGAAAAGACGGCGAGGGAAGGGAGGGGGAUGGGGGAGGAGGCGCGGAGCAGGGGCAAGGGCAGCAGCAGCAGGCGGAGGAGGAGGAGGCAAGCUUCUUUCUCUUCUUCUGCUCGCGACCAGCACUGACCGAGGAAGAGUCGUCUGAUGAGACUGUGGAGUUGAAGCUAUUGGAGGAUGUGGUGACACAGGCAGCAGAGAGAGACAUCGAGGCACCGGAGCGCAUAGUGACGAACCUGCUUGCCUGGUACUCGCACCUGGAGGAGGGCGCGGGGGACGAAACGAGCAGCAGCAGCGGGUCUGAGACCACAGAGGGCUCGCACGAAACAGACACAGCUGGGAGCGGCGAGAGCAGAAGGAGUGGAGGGAGUGUGGGGAGCGAGGGGAGUGAGAAGAGUGAGGAGGGUGAGGAGAGUGGGGAGAGAGAGGAGGGUGCUGAACCAGAAGGGGAGACUGGGGAGGAUGAUGUGGGAUCUACUGCCACUAGCAGGCUGAUAGUGGCCGAAGGAGGAGGGGAGGAGGUGCAGAAAGGAGGAGGGGAGGCGAGGAGUGGGCUCGGACUGGUGUGGAGGGAUGGGGUGAGAGUAGAGGCCAGGAGAGACGAGGAGCAGAGGGAAGAAAAGGAGGUGGAGGAGGUGAAAUGGAAGCGGCUAGCAAAGCACGAGGGAAAGGAAGACGGCUUGGCAAAGGUGGCCGGUGAAGGACCAUUCAAGGUGGCCGGCGAUGUGGUAGGAAGGAGACGAGGAAGGCUAGAGGAGGGAGACGAGGAAGUCAGGGAAGAGGAGGACGAGCAGCGACAGAAAGACCAGCAGCCAUUUCCAUCGGAUGAGACAAGCUCCCCUCGCUCCACAACUCUCCCACUCUCCCGUGACUCCUCCCAGCCGGCCCCCCAUUCCCCCCAUUCCCCCUCGGGUUCCACCUCCAUUGGACAGAAAGACCAGGAGCCAAUUCCAUCGGGCGAAACAAGCUCCCUUCCAUCCAUAACCCUCCCCCGCCCCCGUGACUCCUCCCAGCCGGCCCCCCAUUCCCCCCAUUCCCCCUCGGGCUCCACCUCCUUUCCCUCUCAAUACUCCGCGCGUCGCCCCCCCUCACUCCUCACUCCCCCCCAGUCCCUACCGCCGUUGUCCCCCUGCCCAGGAACCCCGCCCCCUCCCCCCUUCCCGGCACAACCGUGGUCGGAGCAAGGGCUCUGGCAGCUGGGGCUAAGCCCGGGGCCAGAUGCGGCUAGGUUGAGAGAGUUACGGCUGGAUAGCCUCGACGCUGCCAUGAAGGGGAAGAAAUGGCGGACGGUGGGGACGGGGAGGAGGAAGUGGGGAGCGGUGACUGAAGAGGAUGGGGAGGAGGAGGAGGAGGAGGAGGAGGAGGAGGAGCAGGAGGAGGAGGAGGAGGAUUGUAGGGAUGAGGAGGUGGAAGAGGAGGAGGAAGAGGAAGAGGAGGAGGUAGAGCGGUUAGGGGAGAUGCUGAGUAUGUUGGAUAGGAAGGCCGGGGUGGGGGGGGAGGGGGAGGAGGAGGACGACGAGGAGGAGGGAGAGGAUGGGGGAGAAGAAGGGCACGGUGAGCAGGCGAGGAGAGGCGGGUACGAGGACAGCGAGAGUGAAUCGGAUAGCGGCAUGAUGCCAGGCAUGGUGGAGGGUACAGAGUACGAGGGUACAGAGGAGGGUACAGAGGAGGGUACAGAGGAGGGUACAGAGGAGGGGAGAGAGGAAGGAGACGUUGUGGGCAAGCCCAGAAGCAGAAGUUGGCUUAGAGCAAGGAGGGGAGCUGAAUCCCACCAGUGUGAAGUAGCAGGAAAAACAGGAGAAGCAGGAGAAGAAGGGAGAGAGGCGGGUGGGGAAGCAGAUAGGAACAGAGCAGUGGUUGUGAGCAGUAGAGGCACCUGGAGAACCACGGCUGUUGCGCCGCCUCUGAACGGGACAUAUCCACUGCCUGGAAAGUCGUCACCUGACGUUUCACCUGACACGUCACCUGAGAGCGCCAGGGACAGCACAGCAGAGGGCCUUACCCCCGAGAGCGUGGGCAGCUGGAGUGUGCGGAUGGGGAGUGGAAGUGAUGAGAGCGAGAUGCCGGGAAUGGGAGGCGAGGAGGACGAAUUUGACGUGCCACUGGAAGAGCUAGAGCAUCUAAGGCCAGCCGUGCCACACCCGCUACUCCUCCUCCCGCUUCGCUCCACCCCUCGCUCCCCUACUGCUGCGGCUGUUGCCGCAGCGGCGGCAGCGGCAACUGCGGAAGCAGCGGCAGCGGCAGGAGCGGUGGCGGGGUUGCUUUCUGGCUCGCCCGCAGGUUGCCCCCCUGCUCAAGCGCCCUCAACCCUAUGCCACCAGAAAAGGGACAUGCCCCCUCAUUGCCUUGCACCCUUCCCCUUUUCCCCUCCCCCGCACCCACUCCCCUUCUCCGCCCUUCUCUGCCCUUUGUCCACCCCUGGCUGGGACCCUCCGUACCCUACAGGCGUGGCGGUUGCAUGGGGCGAGUGCGAGUGGUGGCUGCUGCCGUACUGGGGCGAAGGGAGGGAGGCCGGGAGCUCAGAGGCACGGGAACACGCGCGGUGCAGGGGUGAACUGGGCGACAGGGCAGCGGCUGCAGGCUUUGGAGAAGCGGAGGAGGGAGCAGAGGGGGGAGCAGGGGCGGGAGCGGAGGGUGGUGAGGGGAGAGGCGAAGAGGAGGGGGGGUGUGAGGGGGGAGGAAGAGGGAGCAGGGUGGGGAGUGAGUGUGAGGACGAUGACGAGGAGGAUGAGGAGGACGAGGAGGACGAGGAGGACGAGGAGGAUGAGGAGGAGGAUGAGGAGCCCCCCGUACUGCUCGAGCUCAAAUGGAGAGCUUCCGAAUUCUCUCAAGGAGGAUUCCCUCAAGAGACCACCCCGCUCACACUGCCCCCACUGCCCACACUGCCCCCGCCGCUCCCCCCUACCACGCACCUCCUCGACCUCCCAGACGCCCUCCUGGCCCUCAUCCUCCCCCGCAUCUCCCACCCCUGCGACAUCGCCUCCUGCCUCCUCACCUGCCGCCGCCUCUCCCUCCUCAUGCGCACCUCCCUCUCCUCCCUCCUCCUCCCCCCGGGCGCCCGCAUCCCCAACGGCCAUCUCCUGCUGUGUCUAGCCAACCCGGGGCGGUACCCGGGGUUACAGUGUGUGGCACUGGGGAGGGAUGCAGUGGAGGAGGAGGGGGAUGAUGUGGUGGGAGCGCUUUCUGCGUGUGGGGGGCGGCUGGUGAAGCUGGCGUUGGAUGCCCAGCCCAAUGGUAUGGAUCGCACCAAGUGCCGGUCGAUAUCAAGCCUGGAUGCCCUCUUUCUCUCCUGCACCAACCUGCAAGCGCUCUCGCUCUGCACUGGCCGCUACAACCGCACACUCCCUCCCACACUCUCCUGUCUCACCUCUCUCUCCUCCCUCACCGUCAACAACAGUGCAUGCAAGCUAGGCCUCAUCUCCCUCCCUCGCUCCCUUGGGAGUCUGAUUAAUCUCCGCUCGCUCGCUUUAGUCUGCUGCUGGCAGUUAGCUUCCCUGCCCGACCAGAUCGGGCAGCUGGUAAAUCUUCAGGAGCUUCGCCUGAUCAGCCUCGACUGCAUUCGCAGACUGCCCGAAUCCCUGGGCAGAUUAUCGUCGCUAGAGCUUUUGCACAUCCGCUGCUGUUGCUCUUUACAGCAGCUGCCCGAGAGCAUCGGGCACCUUAACAAACUGACCGAAUUCGUUAUAGACAUGACCGGUAGUGCCUCCUGGCUUGGAGCUAUUUCUUCUUUGCCCGAAACUAUAGGAGGGCUCUCAAGUCUUCGUCGGCUCGAAGUUCGCGGCUGCCCGAGGAUAACCGAGCUGCCCGAAAGCAUUGAAUAUUUAGCGGCUUUAGAGGAAUUAAUUUUCGAUUCCGGAGGGUUUGCUGAUGAUUCCGAGGCAUGUGGUUUAACCAACUUACCCCUAACUUUCUCCCAGCUUCAGUGCUUGAGGGUACUGGAUCUCAGGCGCUGCUACGAGCUUUCGGCGCUGCCCGAAUCUCUGGGCAGCUUGAGCGAUCUCGGGGUCCUGCGCCUGGUGCAGUGCUUUUCUGUGGGCUCGCUGCCCGAGUCAUUGGGGCAGCUUGAAAAGCUUGGGACUAUUUAUGUGGACAACCGGGUGGAUGGUGGCGGGGAGGAGGAUGGGGAGGAGGAAGACGAAGAGCAGCAUCAGCAGCAGGGGGGGUGGGGUGGAGCAGAGGUGACGCAGCAGGGAGCAGCAGAUGGGGAGGAGGGCGAGGACGGGGAAGAGGAGGACGGACCAGGAGGGCUGGCAUGCCUGCCUGACUCAAUUGGCAAUGCACAGGGCCUGCAGCGGCUGGUGCUCCGGUCGAACAUCGGCCUUCACACGCUCCCUCCGUCCCUCCACCUCCUCUCCUCCCUCCGCUGCCUCACUCUGGAUUUCUCCGAAACCCGGCCCCCACCCUCGUCGGAUGCACUCGUUGGUGCAGCCGCAGCAGCCACAGCAGCAGCAGCAGAGUUGGCAUCGGCAUCAGCAGCAGCAGAGUUGGCAUCGGCAUCAGCAACAGCAUAUGCGCAGCGUGCUGCUGCGGCUGCUGCUGUAGUGACGCCUGGCAGCAGACAGUGGGAUUUGGGUGAAAACGCCUUUGGGUUCGAGCAGCAGAGGAGAGGAAAGGCUGGAGAGGAGGAGGGGGAGGAGGACGGGGAGGAAGGAGUGGGGUUUCGUGGGUGGGAGUGGGAGAUGCAAGGGAGGCAGGGGAAGCGGCAGCAGGGUUUUGGGAGAGGGAGUGAGGAGUGGCGGUGGGCGGAUGGUGUGGCUGGAGGCACUCCUGUGGCCACCCUCCAGUUCUACUUCCACUCUGUGGCCUCCUCAACACCACCACCAGCAGCACCAGCAGCAGCAGCACCGGCACCAGCAGCAGCAGCUCCAGCAGUACCAGCACCGCCAUCCCACGGGAUACACCAUCUCACCCUCUCCCUGCAGCACCUCUCCUCGCUGCACGUCUUAGAGCUUAUCAACUGCUCUGCCCUGCGCUUCCUGCCGUCCUCCCUCUGCGACCUGCCCGCCCUGCGCCGCCUGGUCCUGCUCAACUGCCCCGCCCUCACCGCUCUCCCGCACGGCAUGGCCCGCCUCUCCUCGCUCUCCUCCCUUGCUCUGCUGCACUGCCCCCGCCUUGCCACAGACCACUGUAUCGCCAGCAACGGUGGCAGCAGCAGCAGCAGCAACAGCAGCAGCAGCAGUGGCGGUGAAAGCAGCAGCGGGUUGACUGAGUUGGCAGGGUUGCCAUUGACAAGAGUGGUGGUGGACGCACACACUCUCUCUCUGCUGCCUCCCUCCCUCGUCACCUCUCUCAGGCGCAACCUUCCCUGCAGAGCACAUGCUGCUGCCACUGGCAGCCCCUUGCUGCCCGUUGGUGCUGCAGCAAGUCCUCCCCCCCACCUCUCCACCUCCCCACCCCACCUCCCCACCUCCCCCACCCCCUCUCCCCUCGUGUGUGCUGGGACCAUGGACCACGGAGCAACGCAACCACCCAACCAACAGCACCCUCGGGCUUAUUGGGCCCUCUGCAAGCAUUCAGGGAACCAGGGACCACCUGUUGUUCCCUCCAUUCAGUAGUACUAGUGGUGCCAUACAUUGAGCGAUGUGACUUCCACUCCAACCAACUGGGUUAGAGGUGGACGGAAGCCACUACUUACCACUACUCGCUGCUUCACACCACAACCCCCGUUUUGAAGCUGGAGAUAUGUCGCAAUCGCUACCGGGAUUUUGCCAAAGAUAAUUGUAGCCUACUAACCAAUUUGUUGUACAGUAGUCAUUCGGGUUUGAGUAUUCAGUUGCAGUACUUGAGGGGUAAAUAUGUAAUCGACGGAUAUUGCUGAUAUCGAUUCCAU